GUAAGAACUUGCUUGUUUCUCUCCUAUGAUCUCCUUCGAUUUUUUUUUUAAUAGAUUAUUCCUUACAAUGUGAAACAUGAAAAUAGUUUGUUGUAGCUUAAAUUUUGUCGUUAAGAAAAUCCAUGCUAGCUUAUUAUUAUGAAAAUAUUAUAAUAAGACGUGCGACAUGAUGAAAAUAUUAUUAUGAAAUUUACAGGAAAAAGACAACAAAUACCAUGCUAGCUUAAUUAUAAGGAUUUAGGAAGGAGAUUAUUUAAAUAAUUUUUAUCAACUAAAAAUAGUGGUGUUGACACCAAUAAAACAAUAAACUAAUUUCUUUUCUUCCAAUUACUUGGAUGUUCCUGCCCAGGACUAUGCUAUCGUGCCGCAAUAACAGUAUUAGGGACGGCAUGUCUGAUUGCGUUUUUGAUAUACAAAUGGCGUAGAAGGCAUUUAUCUAUGUAUGAUGCUAUUGAAGAAUUUUUGCAAACCCACAACAAUCUCAUGCCAAUAAGGUACUCUUACCCAGAAAUUAAGAAGAUGACCAAAAAUUUUAGGGUCAAAUUAGGUGAAGGAGGUUAUGGCACUGUAUAUAAAGGAACGCUUCGAAGUGGCCGUCUUGUAGCUAUAAAGAUGUUGGGUAAAUCCAAAGCUAAUGGACAAGACUUUAUAAAUGAAGUUGCAACCAUUGGAAGAAUUCACCAUGUUAAUGUAGUGCAGCUUAUUGGUUUUUCCAUUCAAGGGUCAAAGCGGGCUCUUAUAUAUGAAUUCAUGCCUAAAGGGUCUUUGAAUAAGUACAUUUUUUCACCAGAAGAAAGUGUUGUCCUAAGCUACAAGAAAAUAUUUGAUAUUGCUAUUGGAAUUGCUCGUGGGAUUGAAUAUUUACAUCGAGGAUGUGACAUGCAAAUUUUGCAUUUUGAUAUCAAGCCUCACAACAUUCUUCUUGAUGAGAAUUUUACUCCUAAAGUUUCUGACUUUGGCCUUGCAAAACUAUAUCCAAUAGAUAACAGCAUUGUUUCUUUGACUGCAGCAAGAGGGACAUUAGGAUAUAUAGCCCCUGAGUUAUUCUACAGAAACAUUGGAGGCGUCUCCUACAAAGCAGAUGUUUAUAGUUUUGGAAUGUUAUUAAUGGAAAUGGCAGGUAGAAGAAAGAACUUAAAUGCAUUUGCAGAGCAUUCAAGCCAAAUUUACUUACCUACUUGGAUCUAUGACCAAUUGCACGACGGAAAGGAUAUAGAAAUUGAAGAUGCCAUAGAGGAGGAAAAGAAAAUGAUUAAGAAGGUGAUCAUAGUGGCACUAUGGUGCAUACAGAUGAAGCCUAGCGAUCGUCCUUCAAUGAACAAUGUCCUAAAAAUGCUUGAAGGAGAACUUGAAUACUUACAAAUGCCUCCCAAGCCUUCUCUAUCGUCACUAGAGAGACCCAUAAUGGAUGCUGGAGAAAAUUCGAAUGAAACUUCCUCGUCAAUGCAAUCAGAUGAAUCAAGUCAAUCCACUCAUUUGUUUAAUGCAAAUUGAUUGAUAUGCUAGUCUACUAAAUAAUUAGUUUUCUCAUGUAUGUUUGGCAGUACAAAGAUGCUUGGUAUUUAUGUGUUGUAAUAAAUAUUAUAACAUUUCUUAUGUUCAAAUUCUACUUGCUCAUCC